AUGGAACAUUUUGAUGAACGUGGAGAGAUAGUUGACUUGGGUGAUCGAUUUGUCAGUGACAUGCAAUGGUUGUGUUACUUUGUCAUCGGUGCGACUCUUGCCGACAAGAAUUCUCCUGAUUUUUAUGUCAAGUUGCAGACCGACGACGACGGUACUGCAACAGUAGCACAAAUUGAGAAAACCCUCAAGCAAUUUAGUGAGAGCAAAGGAGUUCAAUUUAAUGAGGACGUGAUGUUGGCCAUCCGUGCUCUCUGUCACUUGGGUCUCAGUUUAGAACAUCCGAGCAGGAAGGAUAAAAACGGCGAUCCUCUUUACAUUUUUCCUUGUCAUAUUAAGAAGAGCAUGCCAGCGAGCGCCUGGCAGCAAGAUGGCGCUAAGCCAGUGCACGUUGGCCGUCGCGUUCAAUGCAAGUACUCGCACCAUCUCAUCACUCCGGGCUCUUAUCCUGUCAUUCAAUGCGAAGCCUCGAAGAGCGAAUAUAUGAGUGUAAUAGAUCUGUGGGAUGGUGGCAUGAAAGUGCAACAGAGGCUCCAUGAUGUGAUGCCGCGCCAUUUACCGGCAGAAGCGCUGGUACAAAUUACCAAUAAGAAGAGAGCCAUUCAGAGUAUGGAUGUGAUCGCUCGAGGUCCUCGCUACAGUGAAGGAGAUUGCAUGAUGUUGGUUGAGUCCGUUCUUGACCUCAUGAUGAAAGUAUUUGACAAGAAAAGUCCAGGAACUGUUUUAGAGACACAAUAUUUAAGUCAUGCUUCCAUCAGUCAGUACAGUGAAGCAAUCGUUUCUUACACUGAAAAAGCAGUCGAAACCGCUAAACGAGACAAGAAAACGGUCGUCACUCACGAGAAAGGAGAGGAUCGCCUGAUCGAUCUCGUUGCUGUUGAUUCUAGUCACAUUAUUCGAAUGAAACAAGAAACAGCCAAGCUGGAGAGAAGUGGGUGA